AAAUGUAGUCAACAGAGCCAAACGGACGUGAAGGGAUGUGGGGAGGGCACUACAACUCCCAUCAUGCCCAGCGAAGUAAUGGUUCAACUCUCUGAGCCAUGCUUCCCUCCCCAGCCAUUGUCGUUGGGAAGCAUAGAGCAGGAGGGAAUGAGCGAGAACGAGGGCUGUGGGAACCAGACGUGCUCCGGGUGUCCCAGCAUAGAGCAGAUGCUUUCUUCGAGUCCUGGGAAGACACCAAUCAGCUUACUACAGGAGUAUGGGACUCGGAUAGGAAAGACCCCUGUAUAUGAUCUACUGAAGGCUGAAGGACAAGCCCACCAACCCAACUUCACUUUUCGCGUAUCUGUUGGAGACAUCAACUGCACCGGUCAGUGCCCUGCUUCGUCCAGUUUUAGAGGACAAGGACCAAGCAAGAAGGCAGCAAAACACAAGGCAGCAGAAGUGGCGAUGACUCUUCUCAGAGGAGAGCACAUGUUGGGAGCAACUGAUGAGGAAAACAGUGCAAUGUUCUCUGUGGAAUCCCCUUCAGAGCAAAAGGAAAUCACAGAGCUCUCUUCCCCCGCUUUACCCAGCAGGACUCCCACAGUAGACAUAAAACCGCCUCUGACGGCACAGCAGUCAGAGUGUAACCCAGUAGGAGCCUUACAGGAGCUAGUAGUGCAGAAAGGCUGGAGGCUGCCUGAAUAUACAGUGACCCAAGAGUCUGGCCCCGCACAUCGGAAGGAGUUCACCAUGACAUGCCGUGUGGAAAGGUUCCUAGAGAUUGGCAGCGGGACAUCCAAGAAGUUGGCAAAGAGAAACGCAGCCGCCAAGAUGCUACUUCAGAUUCACAAGGUUCCCCCAGAGCACCGCGACACAGGGGAUGUAGAGCCUGAGGAGGAUCAGUUUUGCAUGAGCACAGGCGGUAGUAAACUGGAUGGAAGCAGAGGUCGGGGCGGAUCAUGCACUUGGGACUCUUUACGGAACUCCACCGGGGAGAAGAUCCUGCACCUAAAGAAUCAUCCGCUGAACUUGUUAAACUCUGCUUUCUGCAGCCUUCUUCAGGAUCUCUCAGAGGAACAGAGUUUCGUGAUAAGCUACCUGGAUAUUGAUGAACCCAGCCUGAGUGGAAAGUAUCAAUGUCUUGUGGAACUCUCUACUCAGCCUACGACUGUAUGCCAUGGCUCUGCCACAUCCCGUGAUGCAGCUCGUGCCAACGCUGCCCAUAAUGCUCUUCAGUACCUCAAGAUCAUGGCAGGAGCCAAGUGAAAGAGGUGUCCAGGGGGCUUGUUUACCCUGCUUACUGUUAACCAUACAACAAAGUUCUACCUUAUUUCUGCCAUGUAAGGACUCAAGACUGCAUGAGCCUAAAUUAUUGGUAAAACCCAACCCACUGAUAAGCUAUACAGCAAAAAGGAGCUCCAUCAAAUACAUGGGCUGCACGCAUUGUCUGAGAGCUGGAAGCCGCAGGGCUGCAGUAGGUCUGGUCAGAUAUCAUAUAUUUAGUCAUUUUGCUGGCCUACCUACUGCCUUUGGGUGAGGUGUCUCGUGAAGUGAAUACUAAAAUAUUUUCAGUACGGAUAUGUUAAUGAAUUUUAGGUUGUAAACAUUCACAUGAGCAAGUGUAGGUACUUGUUACUCAUACUUGUACUAUGUCAUCUUGUGUUUUAACUCUAUGAGCUGAUGUUAUUAAAACCCACCAGAGACGGUCCAAAAUUCUUCAAAGAGG